AUGACCUUGGCACCAUAUAAAGGGAUCGGAGAUCCUAAAAUUCAUGUCACCAAGUUUGAAUCAAUGAUGUUCUUGAACAGUGACUCCGAUCCCAUUUUGUGCCGAUCUUUUCCUACAUUUCUAGAUGGGGCUGCAUUAUUAUGGUUUUCAAAUUUACCUGCAGGGUCAAUAUCUAACUUCGACGACUUCUCCAAGCUAUUUAUCAAUCAGUUUGCAGCCUCAAAGAUCUACGUGAGGGACUCAGACUACCUUAGCACGAUCAGACAAGGACAACAUGAGAGCCUGAAGGAUUACAUGACGCGCUUCACAACGGCCGCCAUGGAAAUCCCAGACCUCAAUCCCGAAGUACAACUCCAUGCCCUGAAGAGCGGCCUCCGACCUGGUAAGUUCCAAGAGGCCAUAGCAGUCGCAAAACCAAGGACGUUAGAAGAAUUUCGGGACAAGGCGACGGGACAGAUCGAAAUAGAGGAACUUCGAGAAACCAGACGAUAUGAAAGACAACCGCACCGAAAAGAGGAUGAUAAAACUCCAUCAAAAGAUCCUAAAAGACCUUUCAGGUUAACACCGAAGUAUGAUUCAUACACAAGGUUCAACGCGAGGAGAGAAGACAUCCUAAAAGAAAUACUACACAACAAGCUCAUCAAACCACCAAACAGAGCCGGAUCAUAUCAAGACCAGAGGUUCGUCGACAAAUCAAAACACUGUGCCUUUCACCAAAAAUUCGGACAUACGACCGACGAGUGCGUCAUAGCAAAGGAUCUCCUGGAAAGACUGGCAAGGCAAGGACACCUAGAUAAAUAUAUAACCAGAGCUCGACCGAGCUCAGAAGGUCCCACCGUCCGACGUCCAGAACGGAGACAAAAUACACCAGAAAAGCCUAAAACACAACCUCCUCCGCCAAGGGGGGUUAUAAAUUGCAUUUCAGGAGGAUUUGCAAGUGGUGGUCAAACCAGCUCGGCACGCAAGCGCCGUUUCCGAGAAAUGCUAACACUACAACAAACAAAUAAAGCACCAACCAGCAAACCUCGAACACCAGAAAUCUCCUUCAAACACUCCGAUUACCAAGCAAGAUCGGACAACCUAGAUGACCCGUAUAAGAAGUAUUAA